AUGCUCCCCCGGCCUUACUUAUUACCUAUUGUGAGUUUAGCCUUGUUAUUUACCGUAGCUGUUGUGCUUUACUCGUGGGAUGGAAGUUUCAGCCACAUCCAACGCCAGAUAUGCUCAAAGGUGUCGUCGUGCGAGACACAGCAAACACAACGAACGUUUCGACCCAUCAAGUUGCUUGAAAAGGUAGAUGAAGAAGGAACCAAAACAACCAACACCUUCAGAUCAUCGCUGCUCCCACAGAAUGGUGGGUUGCUGAGGGUCAGGAUGUCCGACGACACAGAGAAAGUAGGCGACUAUGGCGUUUCAAUGUUUCACCAGCUUCAUUGCUUGGUGGUCUUACGCGAAAUUAUUUUCCCUGGCGGCUCUCCUGUCCACACAGAACAUAAUUCCAGCAUGGCUCGUGUGCAAUGGGCACAUUGCUUCGAUUAUCUCGCUCAGGCAAUCCUCUGUGCUGCGGAUGAUACUCUUGAACCACCAAAGACCGCUGUGAACGAGCAGGGACAGAAUAUUAAAAUCAUAGAUGGGGUUGGGCAUAUUGUACAUCAAUGCCGCGAUCCUGCUUCAUUAUGGCGUGUGGUGGAAGAGGGAAACGCCCGUCCGUAUGAUCAGGCAAUCAUAGGACACAGUGUCAGGGCGAGUGGUCUGUUUCCUGGUACAGGGUAUCAUGAAAUGCCUGAUCUAUAUAGAGCUGAUUAA